CGUCUCUCUGGUGACGUUUACUUUCAUCAUGAAGCAGAAAGCUUCAGUCUAACAAGUCAUUUAGGAUCAACCACCGACUUCCUGAUGUAUCUCUGCCGAAAGGAACUCUGGUCAUGUCGCUGUCGCCCGCCCUCCCCGACCUGUCUCGUCUCUAUCAGACUGAGUUUGUUCGGAGCGCCCGAGCAGUCGGUGUCCUCUGGGCCAUCUGCACACUCUGCUUCGCCAUCAUCCAGGUGGUCGUCCUGGUGCAGCCGUCCUGGAUCGGCACUGCUGAAACCCGGCACCAGGGGGCGCCCCGCGGCACCCUGGGACUGUUUGAGGUGUGUGUGGAGUCAGACUGGCCGGUCCCAGACUGUCGUGGCCGUCUGUCCAGCCUGUCUCCUCUACCGUCCUUCCAGUCAGUGGCAGUGUUGGUGGGUGUGUCCCUGUGGGCCGUGUGGACCAGUGUCCUCUGUCUCUGUCUCUUCCGGUUCUGCAGCGCUGCAACCGUCUACAAGAUCUGUGCCUGGCUGCAGCUCACAGCUGGGUUCUGUCUGGCGUUGGCUUGUCUUCUGUUUCCAGACUCCUGGGAGAGUCCAGAGAUGAGAUCUCUGUGUGGAGACUCAGUGGGCAGUUUCUCUCCAGGGAACUGUUCCGUGCACUGGGCCUACAUUCUCGCCAUCCUGGGGGUUCUGGAUGCCGCCAUCUUGGCCAUGCUAGCGUUCGUCCUCGCCAACAGGCAGGACGCUCUGUUGCCGCCAGACGCCAAGGACGUGACCACAGGUCUGCUGAUGUCAGCGUGA